UUUCAAAUCCUACGAACUACGACUUGAAUAGGUCAGUAGUACAAAAUAAUAAUGCAAUCUUAAGCUUUUUGUAGAAGUUUCUUGUUCACCGUGGCAUCAUAAUUAUAAAAAUCGAAAAUUCAAGCAUAAUAUCGAAAAAACAUAGCCAAGACUAUCCAAACGCCAUUCAUUUGUAUGCCAAUUGCACCCUUGGAGACCACAGAACCCUAUAUAGAUAAUUCAUUAGAUGUGAUUGAUGAAUCACAUCUCAUCUCCAUCUCUGGAUUAAUAGAUUUGGAAAUCCAUGCGACAAUAAAUGGCAUUUUGAAAAAGCGUGCAAAAUGUCUCGAUUUCAAAUAAAAAUCAUCGAAGCGCAAGAAACCCCUGAAGAGGAAAAUACGAUAGCAAAUAACGAUCCCCAAGAGAAGCCAACUACCGGAUAUCUUCAGGACAUUGAGAUAAUAAAAAUUUACAUGACAUCGCUGAACAGUCUGAAAAUUUUCUGGGGUAGUCUUCCUGAAGACAUCAAACUCAACAAAACCUACGGAGUAUUUUACGAUGUUGAUACUAAGGAGAAUUUGAUAGAACCGAAAAUCAAAACGCAGGACCCCUGCCUGGAAAUCCUGAACCUCGACUACUGCAAGAGAUACUUUUUCGCUGUGGCCCCCCUUAACAACGGAACUGGUAUCAAUCCAAACUCCAGCUACAUCCGAUCAAUCUCAACUUACAUGGAUCCGAUGGCUCCGCCCCUGGACUUACAAGCCGUCUUCCUUCCAGCAACAACUCCCUGCCUGCUAAUCAAGUGGACUGCUUCGUGUAGGAAUAUUCCCGAUCCUGUUGGAUAUAAGAUACGCUUAAUAGAGAACUUCCAGGACGGUCCACCGACCACAAAAACAUCGACAACACUUCCAUCCACAAUCUUCCAACAUUCCUGCACCGUUCCUGUAUCGUACGGGGCUUUAUUAGAGAUCAGCGUGUCCAAUGACGUCCCUGGAUCGACGUACGGAGCUCCGAUACAUGUGCGAGUACCAAGAUUCCUGCAACCGUACGACGUGCGCCUGGCCGUCAACGCCAGUAGCGGCGCAUUCCUGCUGUACUGGAGGGAGCCAUACGUGAUUGGAUGUGACGGUGGUUAUUUUUACGAAGUACUGGUUUAUGAAACGAAGAAUGUGACUAGGGGUAGUCGCGCCGAAGUUUUUAGGGUGAACAGACCCGGGUUUGUGUUUAAGGGUAACGGUAGCGAAUAUACUUUUGGGGUUGAUCUGGUGUGUUGUGAUUAUUCGCAGAGGUCAGUGGUGUCGGAUUUGGUUUAUGGGAAUGUGAACGGGGUGAUUGAACGUAUUGUGCAGUUCUGAUUGAGAUUAUUGACUUUGUUUCGAUUAAUUUGAUGAAAUUUUUGAAUUUUAAAGGCAGAAACAAACUUAGUCGACGCAAAGCAGACUAAGGGCCAGUUGAACCAUUUGCCUAAUCGGUGAUUAAAAAUUUAAACAUUCAUUACGUUCUGAUUUCUCUUGCACCAUCUGUCAAAUGACGUUUAAUGUGGCCUAAUCACCGAUGACACUAAACAGGAAAAUUUGGACGUUUAUUUUCCCGAUUAGUUUUAAACAGGGUUCUGCGUAUAGACCUAAUAUCAAUUUGACAUUAGGUCUAUGGUUCUGAGCAACUCAAAACGUCGAAACAUAUGACUUAUUGCAUAAC